GGCAAAGCUAGCAAGCGAAUCGACUUGCUACAUCUAUCGUUAUUGUUCUAGAUAUGUAAUAUUUGCAUUUAUAAACCGGUUUUAUAUUUGGCAUGGAGAGCGAGUAGGCUCGCUCCGUAGUGGACUCUACAGAUGAUAUUUCAGCGGAGAAGGAUGGGGGCAUGAAUAAGCAAGAGGAGGAUGGUUUCUCGUUUUCCUGACUGGUGACAUUAGAGCUUAAUUUACAAGGAUAUUGUGAAGGGAAUAGAUCCGUUUUUUGGUUGCACGGCUGUUUGACUUUGACACAUGAAAUGCUUUAAAGGGACACAUUCGGGCAUUAAGCUCCCCUUGGGCCGCUGUUCGGAACAUCGAGUCCGAACGUGAGAAAUAACCUGCUAGCUGUCUUGCUAGCCGCAGUUACCAAAUGCUGCUGCUACUGAGCGGAUCCGAGCGAAUACACAAGCGGCUGGAGUCUUGGGCCCUUACGUUGCGCGAGCUCCUUUUGCUCUAUCUGAGGAAGAUUCGGGUAAAACAGCAAGGUUUGGAGAUGAAGUGAUUUAUUUUCGCAUGACGUCUUUCAACUAUAUACAUGAGCGGAGGGGGGAGGGGGGGGGAGGUCUGUUCUGUUGGUGGGAAAGCCUCUUUGCGGCAACGUACCGACAAAAUGACAGAAUCUCUUCAACAAUCGCCUUUGAUGGGGGUGAGGUAGACUGAUAACAAUCUGAUAUCUAAACACUGAAGCUCGCGGGAUUGCACCCAUUUUUCCCCAAUCACGUUCUCGAUAUAUAUAACCUUUAAACACUAAGACUCAAACUAAAGAAAUGGAUAAGUUAACGAUUAUAUCAGGAUGUCUCUUUCUGGCUGCGGAUAUCUUUGCAAUCGCUAGUAUUGCUAACCCCGAUUGGAUCAACACUGGUGAAUCUGCAGGUGCACUGACGGUGGGCCUGGUCCGACAGUGCCAGACCAUCCACGGGCGCGACCGCACAUGCAUCCCCCCGCGGCUGCCGCCAGAGUGGGUCACCACGCUGUUCUUCAUCAUCAUGGGCAUCAUUUCCCUCACCGUCACCUGCGGGCUGCUGGUGGCAUCGCACUGGCGCCGGGAGGCCACCAAGUACGCCCGCUGGAUCGCCUUCACCGGCAUGAUCCUGUUCUGCAUGGCGGCGCUCAUCUUUCCCAUAGGCUUCUACAUCAAUGAGGUAGGGGGCCAGCCCUACAAACUGCCCAACAACACUGUUGUGGGCUCCUCCUACGUGCUCUUCGUCCUCUCCAUCUUCUUCACCAUAGUGGGACUCCUGUUUGCCGGUAAGGUGUGUCUACCAGGCUGAGUAGGCCUGCUUUGUCAUCAUGGGUGGAGAGACACACCCCGGAGGCUUGGGAAAACGUACAGGAAUACAGGAAGAAGAAAAAAACACACACACACUCACAAGGACUGAAUAACUAAACAUGAAGACUGGCAGCAAGAGACCAGAUAAGAUGUUUGUCUUUCUGACAGUUGGACGGAGAGAUGGAUGGCUUUAAGGGUGGAUUGGUGGACUGUUGGUCUGCAAGGUUGAGAGGGAGAGGGGGGAGGGUUAAGAUGUACUUAAACACUUUUUUUAAAGAACCAACGAAAAGUAAAGACACUGAGUGGAGAAGUAGGCGUGAUGGAGAAGGAGGGAUACAUGGAGGAGCAGAAGAGAAGGGGGACUGAGGACCACAGAGUCUAUCCAACUCAGCGUCUUUUAACUGAAACCUUCUUACCUGAUGGUGUUGCACUGUGGAGGUUUGACAUGGUGAUGGAGAAAGUGAGGGAGGCUGAGAAAGAGGGAGGGAGAUGAAAGCUACUCUCCCCCCCAACCGUUUCCAGGUGACUGGCACUGUGACAUCAUCAUGUGCAUUUUGCUCACUCUGACUACCCUCCCUGAAAAAUCCCCUACCCAUUUCUCUGCCUUCUCCUUCCUUCCCCCCACUACAAAAAAGAACUGUUGCCACCACAACCACUUAUGUUGCUAUCCUUGGCAUCUAGCUAAUUUAGUUGUGUUUUUUUUUUAUCACUCCACUUGUGUGUACAUCCACCACCAUACACUAUCCACUGAAGAAGAAAAAGGGUCUGGAUUGGACCUCAUUGUGUGACCUUUCCAACCCCCACCCCACACCUCGUAGGAUGCGCGCAAGUGGUGGCAACCCAGCUGUCUUGGGUUGGGGUAGUGAUCGCAGGUGUGCCCCCUAUAUCUCGCUCAACAGCCCUGAUUCCAAGGAGCAAGUGAUUAAGGUGGAGAGGAGGAAGAAAGAGAGAGGGAGAACUCCUCAGACUCAACCCCCCCCCUCAGAGCAAGGCUCCCCUCUGUAGCUGACUGUACAGAUUAGCCGAGCGGGGCAGCACCUAUGCACUGCUCCCUCAGGACAGAGUGGACAGGGAGAAGAGGACUGAGAGUAAUCUGGCUAUGUCAAACUUGAAUGAAGCAGAAGUCCAGUUUUUGUUUUGUUGUAAAAUUGCCUGCGUAGGUCAGCACGAGGACCGCAGGUCAGGUCCGUUUGUGGGGCUGUGCCUCUCUGCUGCUCUUAAUGCCCUUGAACACACCGACAUACACUCUCUCAUACUUGCAAAUUAAUACAAGCAUUCAUACUUACGCUUACUGAAACACACUCACACAGAAUUGAUCCAAGUAGCAACACAUGCGCAUACACACAAACUCAUUGAGGGGAGCAUUCAACCAGAUGGAAAUCUCAAUCCAAACACGUGAGAAGUAUUUGUUGUCCUUCUUUAGUUGCUACUAAGCUUUUCUUACUCUCAGUCUGUGUGAUGCUCAGUAAAGAUCUGCAGGCCGCUUGCGCUUUCUGCCUUGGUUUGUGAUUGUGCCAUGACAAGUUUGUUUCUGUGUAGAUUCAAAGGGAGACUAUUCUGUUGUAGGAAACACUGUGUAUUGAACAGUUUAACCAAUAGCCGAAGAAGCACCCAAAACAUAGAGAAAAGAGAACUUCUUACCUCAUUCUUUAAUUUUAUUUUUUCUUAUUCAACCUAUUGUUAUUAUUUUUUGUCCAGACAUGGCAACGCCUGCCCUAUAAAUUGUGUCUUGCCUUGGUCAGACUUUAACACAGAAAGCCCUUGAUCACUGCAAAUGAUUUAUCACUGAAUAAAAUCUGAAAAAAGGGCGCGUGUUUGACACGAUCACUCUGUUCGCUACGUAUAGAGAUGUAAUACAGCCAUUCCCAGCUGCGUAGGUCACUAAGGCAUAAAAACAUAUGAUAUAAAACUGUAGAUGAGUGGAAAAAUAAGAAAUCUUUACUUCCGCCGGGUAGGACAUUCACAGGCAUGAAUGAACUCUAGCUAAAUCAAUUGCAGAUAUCAGAACAGACCUACCUGCAGUCUCUUAGUGUUUUAUGUAUUAACCCUUGUGUUCUCCUCGGGUCGUUCUGACCCAUCAGUCAUUGUGACCCACCGUCGUAUUCCGACAACUUUACCGCAUACAAAAACAAAGUGAAGCAUUUUCUUUUAACCGUCGGGCUGUCUCAGACCCCCCACAUUGCGAAGGUUAAAAGAAAAGUAUUUUUAUUUGGUUUUGUAUUGGGUAAAAUUGGGUAAACACAAUGAUGGUUCGUUAUGAACCUUUGGGUCAUGUGACCCGAAGGCAGCACGAGGGUUAAUUACUUUGUCUUUCUAUCGUACCAGCUGAGUAACAGAAUGCAACCGUCUGUGAUAUGACGUAGAUAUGUCGCUGUGACGUAGAUCGGUCGGGUUUUGGCUCCACCUAUACAAAACCUGAGCUGAAAACGGAAGAGAAACUGUUCAACGGUCUAACUCCACAUUUCAGUGCAAUAAAGUUUUCGUGCUUUGCACAUGCUUUCAGGAACUAAUUUCACAUGUAUAUAAUGUACUGAGAAGCAAAUCAUGGAAUUUGCUUUACACAAUCUUUAAAUUAACUUUACCUCAAUAUUGUUCAAAUGUGUUUUUUUCCCUUUUUCUUUUCCAAAUCAACAUAUAGGGACAUGUUUUCACAAUAGCCUUCCCUGCUUUGUAUUUCAUCCACUUUUGAUGUAUCUGCAGCCAAACAGGUUGCUUUAAAAAGGGCUAUUUGUGGUCAAACUGCUUGUAAAUUAUUAUUAUUUUAUUUGGGGGGGGGGAGUGGGCCCCAGAGUUGCUUGUGUAGAAAAGUGAAACCUUCCAUCUUUUAACUAUUUAUAUUUGUUUAUUUAUAUAAUUUUUCAUUUGCUGCCAAAAGUUAUAAACAGUAUUCAUGACAAAUUUACAAGUUUGCACUCACCCUCCUUCAGUUUAGUGUGUGAAACCUACAAGAGACCUUGCUUUCCGUGUUUACAAUGUACUGUAUUUGAAAUGACUGUGUCAUGGUGUUCACCUGAAUCAACAUUGGAUUUUCCCAAAAUUGCUUUAGAAUUUUUAGUUACAAUAAAGAAAUGUAUGAACUUUAAAACAGUACCCUAACCUUUUUGUACAAUAGUGGUAUUGCUGAUCUAUUGUAUUGUAAUAUUAUGGAAGAACGUGCAUGAACUACAAAUAUUAAACCACAAUGUACAUGAAGUUUCAAAAUGUAGAAUAGACAAAGUUCAUACUUACAGUCGAACAAGCAGGCAAGUUUCUACUUGACUGCUGUACAAAGGCUCAUCUUCUAGACCUGGUCAGUAUGGUCUGUGUUUGCCUGAACCUGCCUAGUAUCAGGAAAACUAAGGAAUAGUCCCAAAGGUACACAUUCAUUCAUCUGGCACACCAGGCCAAUUUACACAAGCGCCCAGUAACAUUUGACCAACCACCAUCAUGUCCAGGUCUGUGGUGGACCUGGAACGAGCCAGUGGGAGUAGUUUGGGCUUUUGGAUCCAGAUGACAGGACAUGUGGGGCCAGAUGUUUUGGUGUUGGUGCCAGCCAGAACUAAGUCUGCACCUGUUUUCAGUAGAGUGAUAGCUUGAGAGUUUGAUAACAAAGUUCAGCCGUGAAACUUUCUACUCUCUUCAGAAAGCAACAGGUGCUACCCACUUCUAUCCAACCCUUAAAAAUAAAAUGAUCAUAUCAACAUAUGUUGUGGAUCUCCCAUCUGUCUCUUUGCAUACAAAGACGCAGACAGGUUCUUGCUUAUGCAUUACCCUAAUUGGCCAGUUAAUAUGGAUAGUUCUGACAAUGUAUUUUUUUAUUGCAGCUUGUAAUGCAUCUGUCUUUCAACAGCGAUGGUUGGCUAGCUAGACCUUGUACUGUCCUACACAAAGAUUGGUGGAUACGUUUCUCUGCCAUCUGCAGAGGGUGCACACAUCGUUCUCUCCUGGUGACGUCAUUCUAACAAUUCUAUUUAUAUAUGGCAAACAGGAAGACUGUCUACAUAUAGAUAGAGAACCCAGACAAAUACUUUCCUACAGUAAAAUAUAUUCGAUCUACAAUGAUCAAUUUAAAACUGUUGAACAAUACAUUAUUUAUUGGUACCUCUGUGUAUUUCAUAGUUUGACAGUAGAUCUUUCUGAGCACACACAUUGACUCUAGGUUUUCCCUCCCUCUUUGCAUUGUUUUUUUUCUCUCUGUCCUGUUUUUACAAUUGGUACACCUUUAUAUUCUUGAUGUAAAAAACGUCUUUAUCAAGACAUAUCUUGAUAUUGUUGGAGUGCAUGUGAGUUUGUACCUAUGUAUGUCUGGGUUCAGGUGACAUGUUAUGAAGUCAGCUUGGAGCCUGCACAGAUAAGUGCUUGACUUGAUUUAGCCGGGCUCCCCUGGGUACAUUGGUAGCGUGGCUUGAGUUAGCAGGGCCCUGAUCAGCUCUGACAGUCCUAGGAGGACUGCUCUGUCCAGAUGGGGCUGGCUCUCUCUGGUCCCACAGCCUGUCUAUGACUAGCUAAUUCAUCCACUUAAUACAUUUUACAGCUAAACCUUUUCAGAGUCAUUGGAAAGGAGGAACAUUUGACCAUUUGUCCAGAUACGUUUAUUGAUUGUUUGAGGAGGGAAGGAAGUUAUUACAAUUUUGAAUAGUUUAUAGAACACAGUCAUUCUUAACGUUUUUGCACAUCUUUCCAACAUUGACUAGCCAUGCAGGUUAUUUAAUUGUAGUACUAAUUUUGAAUGAAUUAUUAAUUUAAACAAGUUGCUGGCAGGCUGACUAGGUGUCAUGCGUUGUUUGGUAAAAGUGAUUAUGUUUUCAAAUUGAUAACUCAAUGCCAACUGAGGGGUAAUAUAAGAAUAAUUACAUGGUUUCAAACGUAGUUAUGCCGAAAGCCAGCUUCACCAUGCAUAAUAAUACACAUUUCAUGAGCAAAUCCUUGACCAAAUUGCAUCAUGUAAAAUACAUUAAGAGUUUUACGUGGUCCUACUGUUUAAGCACAUUCAUUCAUAGUCAAUGCUGUGGAUCAAAAUCUGUAUAAUUUAGUGUUAGGGCAACUGUUGGACUAACUCAUGCUGAUGAAUAAAUUCAUUUCUGGACAUUUCUUUUCUUUAUUUGCCAUCUCACAUGUCCCUACAACAAACACACACAACAUUUGUGUUUUCAGAUUUAUAUUAAAACACUGAGAUUUAGUUAUGAUUUCACUGUAUACAUGGACUCUUUAGUGGGGCAAAUAAGGUUUUAACAAAUUAAGUAUUCAACAAAGUCACAUAAAAGUAUUUUCCUAUUUCAAAAUGGGACUUUGUCUAUUUUGUAUUAUUUUAGUUUUCCAUCCUGAAAUGUCUGAAGAUUAUUAUACUCACAAUAAAUGUUUUUUUUGCUGUAGUCUGCAAAUUAUCACAGACUGUAUUGUUGAUUAUAUAUUUAAUGAGUUAUUUCUGUUUCUCGCUUUGUUAAGUUAAACUUUAUAAACAAUUUUUUUUUCUUACAUGUUCUGUU